UCUCCAAGGGACCGUGAGAAUAGCAUGGCUCUAAGCAGGUCUUCGAGCGUUAACCAAGAGUACAAGGUAGCCCUCAGAACAAACUCGUAUGUGGAACUUUGGAGUAAAGUCCAGUCCCAGCUAAUGAGAUCGACAAGCUUCGGUCUCCUCACCUCGGUGUCCUCGAGAAAUCUAUUCAUAGCCCAUCUCUCCGAGACCCUGCUUGAGCCAGGCAGAGAAACCCUGGCAGGCAUGAUCAAGAACCUGCAUCUUCAUCACCUUGUCAUAGAAUACUUAGGGGCGAGCUCGGGAGCAUGUGACAUCUGUGAGCUUCUCCUUGUCGGGGUCCACCAGACUCAAGUGAACUACGGGCGGAUUAGGAAGGUCAUCAGGUUGACUCAGAGGGCCUAUGACUGCUCUAGCAAUUAUACCAACCGCCAGUGCGAAAUCAUCUCCCGAGAACUUGGAGCAUUCUCAUCUCUCAGGAAUCCAUUAUUAGUUGUCAGCCGAGUGCAGUUCCAUGACAUUAAUGAAAGCUACACAAUCCUCCUCCAUGAGCUCGUCAAGAAACGCGAUAGGAUUAAGAGGAAAGCAAGGCUGGCUAGGUUGUGCGAGCGAACUGGAAGUUGCUGCCUUGUUGCCUCAUGCGGGGUAAUGGGGAUGGCAUCUUUUGUGCAUGCGGCCCAUGGGGCACUUGUGGCAGUGUCUGCCCCAAGGCUAAUAUAUCGGUGCUUCGGCUUAGGGCUCUUCCCUAAUAAUAAGGAGAAACCAAUCAAUGACAGCCCAUCUACAACAUUUUCAUGCCCUAACCCUAAGAAAUCGAAUAAGCAUAAGAGUCGCAAAAACAAGAGGCUGAGCUCGCAGCUUGAUGUGGCGGGGAAAGGGCUUUACAUACUGAUCAAUGACAUGGGCACGAUGGGCAGCCUUGUUGGGCGACUGCAGGAUGAGGUUGAGCACACUCGAGAGUGGGCCGACAUGGGAGCUAAGAAUUCGAAGAGAGAUAAGAUUCUCAAGGAAGUCGUGAGGGAACUCGACUUGAACAGCCUGUGCUUCAUGGAGCUGCUAGAGGAGCUCGAGGAACACAUCUACUUGUGCCUCCUUGCCAUAAACAAAUCCAGAAGGUCUCUCCUUCAAGAGAUACUGUAAUGUUGUCCUUGAAGCAAGAGGAUGGAAAUAAAUGACCAUCGGGAACAUUGAUAUGGCCAUGGUUGUAGCAAUACGGUCCAUUGAUUCAUGAUUCUCGGGGACUAUAUUUCAUUGAUUCGUUCCCGUUAACAUAUUCUUAGGUUAAUACUCAGUAUUCUUGUCUGGGAAUUGCAUAGAAAUCGGAAAUGACCCCGUUUCUUAUCAGCAUCUAUUGCCAAUGACUUGGUAUCCUCAAGUUUUAUUAGGCGAGGGGGACUCGAUCAGUUCGGACGAUGAGCUGGGCCUGAUCAUAUUAUUCAGAAGAAACCUAGAUUCUUUGGCUA